AUGCGAAAAGAAAAUAAGGAAAUUUUUGAUUACUUAGUACAAAUAGAUUUAGAUGUUAACGAAUUAAACGAAGAUAAUCAGACUCCACUAGUUUACGCAGUAAAAUUAAACAUGAAUUAUUAUGUUACUUGUUUGUUAAAGCAUAAUGCAGAUACAUCAAUCCCAGAUGAUUAUGGGUGCACUCCUCUUCUGUGCGCAGUACAAAAUAAUAACGUUACUAUCGCAAAAGCUAUUUUAGAAGCCGGAUCUCCAACAUCUUCAUCUAAAUACGAAUUAUCACCACUUCAAGUUGCAAUACAACAUCAAUUCAUACCAUUAGUUUACUUGCUUAUCGAAUACGGAGCAAAUCCAAACUUAAAUAACGGCGAAACUUAUCUUUUACAAGAAUCAGUUAAAACGAAUUCCAUUGACAUAUUUAAAUGCUUACUCGCUAGUGGAGCCACAGGAAAAGGCUUCGAUCCUAGUGAACUUACCUCAGAUUUUAAAAUUUGUUACGAUCAGUGGAUUUGUCCACCGUUAGAUGAUAAUUUCGAUAAGUCCGAUGCAGAGAUGAUGGAAAAAAUCACAAAUAACUGUUCAACAACAUUUUCAGAGAUAAAUGAGAAAAUUAAAUUUUUCUCUGAAAAAUAUUUGAACGUUGACUUCGAUAAACAGCUUAUAACACCUGUACUUAACAUGCAGAACGGCAUUAUCACGUCGUUUGCUCAUCUCAUUAAAGAGAUGCAGUCACAUGGCGAAAAAUUUGUCCGAACAAGAAGAAAAUUAGUUUCAUACCAAUUUGAAGCACUUUCUUUGAACGAAAAACAUCACAUUGAAGAGCUUUUCGGUGAGGACGAGAGCAAGUGGUAUUCACUCCUUGAGAUAUCGAACUCAUUGAUGCACUCUGACAUGAAAUAUUUCGAUCCAAGUUGCAUCAGCAAAAUCGAUAGUGAAAUGUCUCGAUUUUCAACACGAAAAGAUGAAGUUUUCGGAACAAGAAAACAGGUUGAUCAGUCAGAGAUGAUCAAAGCUCGUCAGAUAUUAGCACUUGAGAAUGUUACACUCGAAAGAUACAACAAUCUCGCUGUGAAUGUUUUGUCAUCAUUUCGAGAAUUCAAAGAAAUUGUUUUCAAAGUUUUGAACAAAGCUAUUGACUCAUUGAAUUCGUUCAAACAAACAUUGGUUGAUAUCAGACAGACAUCAUAUGACAUAGUUCUUAAUAACACCACUGAUGAGAACGAAGAAAAACAAGACAACGACAGUCGCAUUGAAGAGAUCUGCUCACAACAAUGCGACAAAAUCCAAGUCGAUAUCACAUUUGUUGAAUGGCAGAAAGAACAGUUUACAUCCCUUUCAAUUCUUCUUGAACGCGCUAUCAGAAUGACUAACUUCUAA